GAGCAUAUAUGUUAAACAUUGAAAUAUUGUAAUAUUUUUGUAAAGGAUUUUAUUUUUAUUUAUUUAUUCUCUUUAUUUCUUUUUAUUCUAUGAAUAAUUCUUCAUGAUUUUUAUUCUUCAUCAUUCUUACUAUACACGUUCCAAAACAAGCAGAUUUUAAUUAAAUUUCUUGUUUUUUAUAUACUCAAUUCAAAUUUUUAUAUACUCAUUUAUAUUCCACUACUUAACGAGACGAUUAUAAAUGUUUUCGUUUUUUCUAUAAUUUAAUGGAAGAAGUAUGAAAAUAUGAAAUGAGAUGACUUGAAUAAAAUUGUCCCGGAGAUAAACUGAUAUAUAUAUAUAUAUAUAUAUAUAUAUAUAUAUAUAUAUAUAUAUAUAUCGUAUUAUUAGAAAUUAAGAAAUAAAAAUCAUUGUGAAUCGAUCGACGUUUAAUAUAACGCAAAUUCUUCUCUUUCGAGCAUACUAAAGUUUAAUAAUUAAAUUAGUUAUAAAAGUUAAUCGAAUAAUCGAAAAAAAAAAUCUGAAGAAAUCUCAGAAGAAAGUGACGACAUUUUAGUUAUAAAAUUUCUGCAAUAAAAUUUCAGGGAGUUAGGAAUAUAACAUAAUAACAGAAUAACCUUAACAAUUAAUUAUAUCAACUUCGAAAAAUAUAUUUGAACGUCGAUCGGUAUACAGGUCAUUGAAGACGGAUUUGUCUCUUCUAUUUUUCUUUCUGGCUUCAAAAAGAAAAUCAGCCUUCACGAGAAUGAGCACGAGAAACGUUUCGAAAGGAAUAGAAAGAAAAAAAGAAUGCGAAAGAAGAAAUUUCAAAAAAAAAAAGUUCGAUCUUUGUAUCAUGUCAUAUCUAAUUCCCGUUGUUAUCGUCAGCGAGACCAACUAUUCAAAAAAAAAAAAAAAAAAAAAGAAAAAAAGAAAGAAAGAAAAAGAAAAAAAAAAUCUUUAAACAGAAACGAGUACUAACACGAAUGCGAAGUAAAUAAUCGAUAAGGAUCCAUCGAAAAUCUAACAAAUUUUGAUCGAAUCUUAUAUCUUCCUAUUUAAUGCUUUCCUCGGAGAAAAUGCAAGUCGAUUAAAAAAAAAAAAAGAAAAAAGAAAAAAAGUAAAGAAAAGAAAGGAAAACAAAAAGCAAAAGAAAAAGUAAAGAAAAAAAAGAGAAAAAAUAAAUAAGAAAAAAAAAAAAAGGACAACACUUUGACGCAUACCUCUAACGAUAAGCGUCGUAGUUAGUAUGUUAAAUCGCUUAUAUAAUCGUAGUGUUCCUUAAUUUCCUUCUGACGGAUUCCUUUGGUUGAACAUUUUGGUUGUACGAUAUCGAUAACGUGAUAUCACAGAUAAAUAAGAUACCCACGUAAAUACAAUAUAUUCGUCUAAUACUUUUCAAGAUAAAACGAAUCACGAUUGAUCUCGACGACCGAAUGUUCUUCCUCAAAAAAAAAAAAAAAAAAAAAAAAGAAAAGAAAAAAAUAAAAAAAGAACAAAACAAAACAAGAAAACCUUUUCGACAUUUCGCGGGCGGAUUAGUUUAUAGAAAUUUAGAUUAACUGUUCGACUUCUUCGAAGAGAAAGGAAUGUAUAUGUAAGUACGAAUCGCAUGAUCAUCGCGAAUUGACAUCGUGUUUGUUAUAAUGUAGUUAAGCAAUGUUGUAUCGUUGUAGAAGAAUAUACCCUCCAUUGAAGUGGUUGUUGCAUAAUACAACUUUUUUUUCUUUAUUUCGUUCGAGUUAUUAAACCUUACGAAAGUAAGUCGCGUUAAUGUUGUACAAUUAAAUCAACUUCAAGAAACGAGAAACGUCCGUUGAAAGACGUCUAUCGUCGACGAUUAUCGGCUACAAAUUUUUUUAUUUAUUUAUUAUUACUAUUAUGAUUAUUAUUAUCUUUAUUUUAUUUUUGUACUUUUAUUUUUAUUUUUAUUUUCUUUUUUUUUUUUUCAAGAUCGAACUCGGUAUCGAUUGAUUUUUGAGAUACUGAAGAUCAUCGAGACGGAUCGAGAAUUAUCAACGAUCUUUUGUAAAUAUUCUUAACUUAUUAUCGAUCGUCGUCUGACAUUUUGAUGAUCGAAUGGAUACUUGUUAAAGUCAAAGUUAUCUUCUCGUUUUGCUAAUAAAGUUGUUAAUUCGUAUAAGUAAUGAUAACAUUUUAUGCGACGAUUUUAGAUUAAAAAAGAAAUAUAAUGUCGCAUAAGGUGUCAAUUUGUCUGCCUACACGUGUUCGAUUCAUGGAUAAACUUUGCCAUGUUGCUCAUUUGGUCCACCGCCAUUUAUUAUUUUCUUCUAAGAACAACGACAUAUCUGUGAUCCGUAUUAAAAAAAAAAAAACAAAAAAGAAGAAGAAAAGAGCAAAGAAAGAGGGAAAAUAAAAAGAAAAGAGAACUACAAGGCGUAGUAUAUAUUAUACCAUAAAAGGUAUCUAAUGUUAAUAUAUUUACAUAUAACGAUAUAUCAAAGAUAUAGACAUAUUCAAUUUCAUUCAGAAAAUGAUAUCUUUGGGGAUCUUAGAUUCGCCUAAAACUUUCACUCGAAAAUAUUUUCACUAAUAACAAAUUCUAUUAAUAUCAAUCGACUAAUUACUACUAGUAUUGCUAAAACGUACAUAUGUACAUAUAUACAACCGUUUUAUCGACGGUUUACGAUCUUUAUUGUCAGUUCCAGUUGAUAUCGUUCCAAUCUAUCUCUACGAUCUUUACUAUCAAAUUAAUAAUAAAUUGUGUAUUACUAGUUAUGUCUAUAUGUCCUUUUAACAGAUCUUAUUGUUGGCGGCUGGAUUAUAUAAAAAAAAUGUUAUCGAUUGUGCACUAUGUUAUAAAAGGACAAUAAAAGAUAUUAAAACGAUGAUUUUUUUUAAUCUUUGAAAUACCUUCGAAAUAAUUUCUUAUAUUAGGAUUUUGAUAAUUUGAUUAUUCAGAGGAAAUUUCUGAUAUCAAUGAUCCGUAGCAAUCGAUCACACUCUUUCUCUCUCUAUUUCUGAUAUAAGAAUACAAAUCUUUCAAUUACUAAGUUUCAUCAUUGUAUUUCAACGAAAUUAAUCAUGCAUAUGUUGACUAUUUCAAAUAUAAUCUUUCUUAUGUUAAAUUCAUAGAAAUAUUUGUAAAGGUAAAGGAAUUUUCAAAUUUCACUUUUGAAUUUACCGCGCAAUGAACUACCAGACACGUGAUAUAACCUCUACGCAAGCGCCAAAAUUUUCCUGCGUUGGCAUCACGAAUUAUAAGCUCGUAUAGUGACAGCAAAGUAGUGAACAGUAGCGUGUUACAAUGCAACGUUUAGUGGAUCAGAUUUGAGAUAUGUAUUUUCUAGUCUGCGCAAAAUAUUUCUGAUUUUGUACGCCUUGUAUGUGUGCAGACGCAAGUUAAAGAUGUUAGCUUAUAGUUGAUAAUUAGUCUGAUAGCAUUAAUCAUGAUGGAUUACGAAUUUAAAAUGAAAGCACAGAAGGAUCGGACUAAAGUUGAAGACCUUUUUGAAUUUGAGGGAUGUAAGGUUGGAAGAGGUACAUACGGGCACGUCUAUAAAGCUCGUAGAAAAGAGGGUGUACCCGAUAGUGAAUUAAAAUCUCGGCCUGACACUAAAGAUUUUGGCCUGAAACAAAUAGAAGGCACAGGUCUAUCCAUGUCUGCAUGUCGGGAAAUUGCUUUACUCAGGGAAUUAAAGCAUGUCAAUGUCAUUACACUCAUACGCGUUUUCUUGUCACAUAAUGACCGCAAAGUAUGGUUACUCUUUGAUUUCGCAGAACACGAUCUUUGGCAUAUUAUUAAAUUUAAUAGGGCAGCAAAAGCAAAUAAAAAACCAGUAAUGGUACCAAAAAGUAUGGUUAAAUCCUUAUUAUAUCAAAUUUUAGACGGCAUUCAUUAUUUACAUUCCAACUGGGUUCUUCAUAGAGAUUUGAAACCAGCGAAUAUUUUAGUAAUGGGAGAAGGAAACGAAAGAGGACGUGUCAAAAUCGCAGACAUGGGUUUUGCUAGAUUAUUUAAUGCUCCUUUAAAACCAUUAGCAGAUUUAGAUCCUGUUGUAGUAACAUUCUGGUAUAGAGCACCAGAAUUACUGUUAGGUGCUAGACAUUAUACUAAAGCUAUAGAUAUAUGGGCUAUUGGUUGUAUAUUUGCGGAGCUGUUAACCUGUGAACCUAUCUUUCAUUGUAGGCAAGAAGAUAUUAAAACAAGUAAUCCAUACCAUCAUGACCAAUUAGAUAGGAUAUUUAAUGUUAUGGGGUUUCCAUUAGAGAAAGAUUGGGAAGAUAUCAAAAAGAUGCCAGAGCAUCCAACGUUACUGAAGGAUUUUAAAAGAUCAAACUAUGCGAAUUGUUCAUUAACAAAAUAUAUGGAUCGGCAUAAAAUUAAACCCGAUAGCAAGGCAUUUAACCUGUUACAAAAAUUGCUAAUGAUGGAUCCAAACAAACGAAUCACAUCCGAACAUUCUAUGCAGGAUGCAUACUUUCAAGAAGAGCCACUGCCAACUCAGGAUAUAUUCGCCGGAUGUCCUAUUCCGUAUCCAAAGAGAGAAUUCCUUACAGACGAUGACACAGAGGAAAAGACUGAAAACAAAGCAAGGCAGAAUCAACAGCAAACGCAGCAACAAAAUCAACAGCAACAAGGAAACGGCGAUCACAAUCACGGACAGAACGCAAAACGUGUGAGGCUAAAUGGACCCCAUGGGGCUCCAGAGUUUCAUCAACAUCAGAGUCAUGCGAUGACCCAUCAACAACCACCCACUAUGGUAUAUUCAACCGCCCAACCAACUCAGCCAUCGAAUAUUCAUCAGCGUUUCUAAUUCCUCUACGAAAAAGAAAGAAAGACAAAAAGCAAAAGUAAUUAACUAAGUAUCAGUAAAUCAAGUCGCAUAAAAAAUUGGAAAGAAAGAUCGUUGAUUGACUGUAUAUUCCCAACAAUAUUACAAUACACAAUUUUAUUUAUAUAUAA